AUGGCUCUAACAAAGCUUCAGUGCAUCACGGGAGGAGUCCAAGUAGAAAGUACAGAAGUCAACAAAUAUGAAGUGUGUUCAGAAGGGUACUGCAUUCUCCGAGAAAAACCAUUUGCGACUGAGAAGCUGUUAUUUCCUCCAGAAGUUACCAUUCACAGAUAUAUGGUGCAGUGGAAAACUUUGGACAAGGGUCGUGUCAAUGUUGUGAAGCUAUCAUGCCCUCCAGCGCCAUUCUGUCAAAUGAUACAGUGUUGGUUCUGUACAGCUACAAUGUUCAACCCUGAGUGCAACCCAGAAGCAGCACUAAUAGCCUUCAUGAUCGUGCUGUACAUUAUCAUCGCAGUAAUUUACACGCUUUGCUACGUACCGGUAGUCAUUGGCAAACCUUGUCGAGUAGGAUAUCACAUCCUCCAGCGAGCAGUACGCUGUGGCGGCCACCUCUUGCUCAGGGCUCUCAAAGGAAUAAGUCGCCGAAGGAGAGAGUACGAAAGACCAGACGUUCAAGCACUGAUUAAUGCCCCUCUACUUGCGAUCGUCUUUGCCAUUUCCAUAACAGGAGCAUUGACCUGUCAAGACGUCGAUAUUUUCACCUUGACAACCAAGGUUUGCUCGAGAAACUCACCGACGGAAGGCAAAUGUUUCAAAAAUGUGACCAAACAUGAUCAAAUUAAACACCUUCAAUCAGGAACGUGCAUUCGGGUGGUAAAAAAUGAGACGACACUUCGGAAAUAUCGUUUCCUCUGGAGAGGUUUGCAUCUAGAAUGCCAAAAAGAAUACGAUAACGUUCACGAGAAACACAAUCCAGAAAGUUGCGAUUCAAAACGAUGUGCUCAUACGGGAAGCUGCAAAGGAAGUAAAUGCGAGCAGUUCAAUAAAACAUCGCUUAUUCCUGAACUCGCCCCUGGAAACAAGUACACAGGGAUAACUAGGUGUGUGGAAAGCUGUGGAGGCCCAGGGUGCGGCUGCUUCUACUUAAGCAGUGGCUGUCUCUUCUACAGAAUUUUUCACGUACCGGACGAUGACGCAGUCUACGAAAUUUUUCGAUGUUUGUCAUGGAAAGAAGCUGUGGAACUUCAAAUUCAGUCAGAGGACGACAAAGGAAAACAGGUAGAGAAAACAGUGUUCUUACAGCCGACAGUACCUGUCAAACAUGGGAAGUUAAGGCUCACGUUGAGCUCGCUGACUGUCCCCCCAGUUCCACUUUUGAACACUUACUUCAUCACCAAUGGAGAAGAAACAGCAAUUUGGAAUGGACGUCAUCCCCUGCUGUUGGAAUGCGAAUCUUCUCAUCAUGCAAAAAAUAUGAAUUGCUCCGUGAUACACAACUGCAUAUGUCAACCAGCAGAGCUACGAAUCCUAUGCAACUGCAUGGACAUGAAUCUCACGGCGCUGUUCGAAAAACAGCUCGAAAACCGUUUACCGGUACGACAUCCUUGGGUGUUUUUCGACAAGUCCAGGCGAGACCCUAGCUCUGUCAGCGCACUCAUACCAACCUUGGUUACGGCAGAACUCUUAGUCACAGUUAAAGAAGAUAUCAACAUGAUCACUAAGGAAGUAUCAAACAUGACCUGCACAAUAGGUAACGCGAUGGCUCAAGGAUGUUAUCGCUGUGGACAAGGAGCAGUUUCCGAAGUGACAUGUUUCAGUAACCACGGCGCAACUCGAGCGGAAAUACAUUGCGCAGAUCUCCAUUUCUCAGUUCCAUGCUCGCAAGAUGGAGAAAAAUCCGAAAUACGCUUCUCAUACAAUAGCGCGAGAGUGCUUUUGAGAUGCAUAUCGUUGUGCGGUUCAACACCCACGCAUUUUGAAAUCACAGGCAUCCUCAAGUGGACCAGAACAAUAGAGGCAUCUGUUAAGCGAAUAAUAAAAGGAGAAACCUCUAUUGAGAACGAAAUGGAAUUUCCAGACUUCGGCCAUAUUUUUGACACAAUAUUGUCUGGAUACAGAACGAUGGCAAUCACAGCAGGUUGCUUCCUCAUGGCCAUAGCCGUAGGGUACAUUUUCCUAUGGACGUGUGGCGUGAAAAUCCUGUCAAUGAUCGCCCACCUAUUCAUCAGAAUAACAAGAUUUCAGUUACAGUUGCUCAAACUAAUACUUGGAGGACUAAUCAAAAUAUGCAGAAACUUCUUUCAAAGGAACCCACAAAGGAGUCACGCGAAGCAAAUGUAG